UAAUAAUAAUAAUAAUAAUAAUAAUAAUAAUAAUAAUAAUAAUAAUAAUAAUACAGUGAGGUCCGUUUUUACUUGUGGGACGCACGUGUUCCCAUGCUGUACCUUUAAAGAAACCGUUCAGUUUAAUUUUCUAUUUAAACUUGUUCACUCAGCACAAGGUGUGUUUUUUUUUUUUUUUUUAAUUGUCCGAAAUAACACACAGCAUGUUUAUAGAAACAGUGACAAAUAACGUACUGGCGUUUUUGUUAUGACCAAAAAAAAUAAAAUAAAACAAAAUAUAUCACGUGGGUACAGUAAAGCAACAUUCACACUUCCGGUAAAAGUUUAGCGCAGUAAAAUUGCACCCCGUGGUUAUUAUACUCGCUUUGGAUAAAAGCCUCUGCUAAACAAUUAAAUAAAUAGUAUUUAUACACAUAAUAAUGAAACAUUGAAACGCCGGGUUCUCUCUGGGCCUCAGAACUGGUUAACAGGACGAUUUGCGUGUCCUGCGGUUCACAUCCUGUAGAAAUGACUGGUUUCUUUGGGGGGGGGGGCGUGUGUACUCACUGUAGGUGCCGGGCGAUGGUUCCCCUAAAGCGCAGACGGAAGGACGGAGGCGCUGCUCCGAUCGCGGGGGUCCAGGAGCGGGCUCCCGUGAACCGCUUCCCCGGCGUUGAGAUCUUUCUCCUGGAGCGCAGAAUGGGGUCGAGCCGGCGCGCCUUCCUCACGCAGCUGGCGCGGAGGAAAGGGUUCCGAGUGCAGGACACGCUCGGUGACAGUGUGACUCACCUGGUGUCUGAGAGUAACUCUGGGGACGAGGUGUGGGAGUGGCUGGACAGACAGACAGGGGGACAGACGCCCGGCUCGCUGUCCCUGCUGGACAUCAGCUGGUUCACGGACAGCAUGGAGACAGGCAGGCCAGUGGAAAUCCUGGACAGACACAGGCUACAGGUGUCUGCACCCCGCUCCGAUCCAGAGGAACCCCGAAUUUCUGCGUACGCCUGUCAGAGGAGGACCCCUCUGGACCACCUCAACAAGAUCUUCACCGAUGCCUUGGAGGUCCUGGCGGAGAACGCGGAAUUCUCGGAGAGCGAGGGGCGUGGCCUGGCGUUCCGGAAGGCGGGGUCUGUCCUGCGGUCCCUCCCCUUCGCCGUGUCCAGGAUGGAGGAUCUGAGGGGGGUGCCCUGCCUCGGGGAACACUCCCGAAAAAUCAUCCAGGAGAUUCUGGAAGACGGGGUGUCAGGGGAGGUGGAGGGGGUCCUCCGGUCCGAGCGCUACCGAGCCAUGAAGGCGUUGACAGGUGUCUUCGGGGUGGGGGUGAAGACAGCUGACCGCUGGGCGAGGGAGGGGCUUCGGACCCCCGGUGACCUCUUGACCUCUGGGCACAGACUGUCGAGAGAGCAGGAAGCAGGGGUGCGGUACUAUGAGGACCUGAACUGCCCGGUAACAAGGGCUGAGGCCGACGCCAUUGGUGAGAUUGUGGAGGAGGCGGUCCACAGCAUCCUGCCUGGGGCUCGAGUCACACUGAUGGGAGGGUUCAGGAGGGGGAAGGAGGCGGGGCAUGAUGUGGACCUCCUGAUCACACACCCAGAGGAAGGGAAAGAGGAGGGGCUUCUGGGCAAGCUCACCAGCUGGUUGGACAGCCAGGGCGUGCUGCUGUACCAGCGUGUGAGUGAAGGCUCGGGCGGGCGGGGGAGGGAGUCUGGCCCCAUGGAUCACUUCCAUCGGAGUUUCUCAAUCCUCAAACUGGGAGAGCAGCCAGGAGCCCAGCCUGGGGCCUCGAGUGCCGACCAGACCCAGGAGGCAGCAGCCCCCCGCGGGCAGGGCGGGGCCCAGGGGAGGGGGUGGAGGGCGGUGCGAGUGGAUUUGGUGAUCUGUCCCUACAGCCAGUAUGCAUACGCCCUGCUGGGCUGGACCGGGUCACAGCAGUUUGAGAGGGACCUGCGUCGCUUUGCCAGUCAGGAGCGAGACAUGAGUCUGAACAGCCACGGACUGUACCAGCGAGAGCAGAACCGGUACCUGCCCGCUGCUUCGGAGGAGGAGAUCUUCACUCACCUGGGACUGGAGUUCAUCCCCCCGCCCCAGAGGAACGCCUGAGACCCCCCCCCCCGCACCCCCACACAACACACAGACCCCCACCCCAGCCCAGCCCAGCCCAGCCCAGCCCAGUCACACAGCCCCCCCCUCACACACUGAGACCCCCAGCCCAGCCCAGCCCAGUCACACAGCCCCCCACACAACACACAGCCCCCCACACAACACACAGACCCCCAGCCCAGCCCAGCCCAGCCCAGCCCAGUCACACAGCCCCCCCCUCACACACUGAGACCCCCCCCGCCGCACCCCCACACAACACACAGACCCCCAGCCCAGCCCAGUCACACAGCCCCCCCCUCACACACUGAGACCCCCCCGCCGCACCCCCACACAACACACAGACCCCCAGCCCAGCCCAGCUCAGUCACACAGCCCCCCCUCACACAACACACAGACCCCCAGCCCAGCCCAGCCCAGUCACACAGCACCCCCCUCACACACUGAGACCCCCAGCCCAGUCAGACAGCCCCCCCACACACACUGAGACCCCCAGCCCAGUCAGACAGCCCCCCCACACACACUGAGACCCCCAGCCCAGUCAGACAGCCCCCCCCUCACACAACACACAGCUUCAGAACCCUGUACAGUAUUUCUCAGGGUUGUUUAAUGUUCUUAUUACAAUUGUGAAUAAAAUGUUUUAUCGUUUCGUA